CCGUCGCCGUCGCACUUCGUCCCUUUGGGGACGAAGCAUUGGUCUAAAAAAGGGAUUGCGUUGUGUGCCUGACCACGAAAUUUAUGAAAUUUUGUUGGUUUCUAUCUUUUGAUAUUGAUACAGCAGCGCAGCCAGUUUAAAAUGAGCGCAAAAAGAAACCGUAUUUGACGAUGAGCUAACCGAUUGAACGGGAAGUUGCCACGGUAAUUACUGAUCCAACGAUGACAUCUCUGGAGAAGUGGAGCUCUGUUCUGAAAGUCUAUGAUCCACUCAAGGCUGGUAGUAUUGAUGGAACAGACACUGCUGCUCAUGACCAUGGCAUUAUCAGAGCACUAAAUGCCAAAUAUCGCCCUAAUAAAUAUCUCGAAAGUGAGGAAAAUGUGACCCUGUUUGUUGGUAGGCUUAAUCCUAAAACGUCGGAAUCAGACCUUGAGGAACUCUUCUCAAGAUUUGGGGAGAUAAGGAGUCUGAAGCUUAUUAGGGAUAUCGUAACAGGUUUUUCGAAACGGUAUGCAUUUAUUGAGUACGAGGAUGAAGUCUCUGCAUGUCGAGCUGUACGAGAAGCCAAGAACAGAGUUGUUUUGCAUCAUUCUGAGAUAUUAGUUGACUUUGAAUGUGGUAGGAAACUUCCUGGCUGGGUCCCAAGGAGACUUGGAGGAGGAUUUGGUGGCAAAAAGGAGUCUGGCCAGCUCCGGUUCGGAGGCAUAGAUAGACCUCAUAAGAAACCAUUUCUGGUUGAGCAAGCUGAGGCUCUUGCUCAUGCUCUCAGCGAUAGGGAAAGACUAGAAAGAAAUGAAAGGGCGAGGGGUUCAUAUGGAAAUAUGAGGUCAGGUGAUAAAGGUUACCCUAGAGAAUCGAGGGGGAGGUCUGAUUAUCGAUAUAACAGACGCCAGAGUCAUUCUCAAUCAAGAGAUAGAGACAACAAAUUCAGGCCUGAAAGGAGGUUUGAUUCGUCUAGGAGGAGGGAUAGAAGUAGGACACCAUCAAGACGAAGAGACAGGAGCAGGUCACAAUCAAGACGAAGAGACAGGAGUAGGUCACAAUCAAGACAAAGGGACAGGAGUAGGUCACAAUCAAGACGAAGAGACAGGAGUAGGUCACAAUCAAGACGAAGGCACAGGAGUAGGUCACAAUCAAGACGAAGAGACAGGAGUAGGUCAAAAUCAAGAUGAAGGCACAGGAGUAGGUCAAAAUCAAGACAGAGGGAUAUGAGAAGGUCAAACUCUGGACCGAGGGAAAGAGAAAAAACGCAGCACAUGUAGUUGUUGAUUGGUCUAAUGUGAAGGCUGAAAGAGCAUGUGAACCUGAACAUUUUGAUCCCUUUUUGAUUGAAAAACGUGGAUGACCACUGAAUAACAGAAUUCUGUGUAACUUACCUUAAGUGUAAGGAAAAUAUCUUAACUUAUCCAGUGAGCCCUGUGAUUCAGGACAAAUAUACUAGAACAAAUAUAGCUAGUA